AUGGAUUUUGAAACUUCGUUCGAGGAAUUCGUCGAGGAUAAACGGUUCAUUGCAUUAGAGGUAUCUGAUAAUGAUGACGAUUACGACACUGAUCUGACUACUGAAACGGGAGAUGAGCUCGACAGCUCGGUCAUUCCACGUAUGAGGAGCUCCAAAGCAUCUUUGAACACUACCGGUCACAGUAUACCAAGAAAGAACACCAACAAUUCAAAAAAACGAUGGUCUUUAUUGUCUAAUCAUUCUACUGUUUCAUCAUCCAAAUCAAAGAAAAGAUGGUCAGUACUUUCUUCAAGCUUUACUAGUGAGACUCACAAGGACAGGGAUCCGAGGGGCACUUCACAGCAAAAAAGAAAGUCUUUACAAAGUUACUCCAGUUUGGAUACGGUAGCCUCUAAUACUUCUCUGUCUGCUUCCUCCUCUUUGAAACGAUCAUCUACAGGGUUAUCUCUCAGGCAGCUGUUUACCAAGAUAGUUAUCAAUGAUGAAACGCCACAACCUGGAAUUGGGAUCCCAGGAGGUAAGGAAAAUCUGCCUCCAACUUCGAAUAAGAAAACUUUGCCCAUCGCACCAAUUGGUUCAGAACAAAACAGACUUAGAACGCCACUAAAGCCGCUAAAUAAUCAAGCGAGAAGAUCAACUUUACAACAACAACAGCAAUACCAGCACCAGCACCAGCAACCACAAUCUCUAGUAAAUGCGUCAUUUUCCUCAAGAAGGUCAUCAAUUUCGUCCACUGCUUCUUCCUCUAGCGCUUCUAAAUGGAAGUUCUGGAAAAAAGAUAGAAGUAUGCCACCUCCAAUGCUUCAAGCAGACCAUCAUUCCAUGAAUUCAUUUUCAGUAGUGAACCGUCGUGAUUCGGCGACACCUGUUGACCCAAGGAUUAAGGUUAAGCACAAGUCAUCCUUCUCAGAAUUCCAUAAAGCCAUUUUCAACUCAAAUACAUAUUCAGAAAGUAGUGAUACUGUCUCAUCUAUGGAAACGUCCUUAAAAACAAAAGCAUCUUCUUCGAGUUUAUCUUUGGGCGUGUUAAAGAACAGGAAUUCACAAUCAAGUUUAAAGCACAAGAGUUCACAUGCAUCUUUGCAAAAAUUCAAGAGAAACAAGGCGAAGUCUUCCAUAAUGGCACCACCCACAACAACUAGUAGUAGCAAUGAUGAUUCUUGUAGCUAUAGCUCCAAGAGUUCUACUUUGAGUCACCGGAUCUCAUUACCUGUACCGGAUCAAGUGUCCCGUGAUAAAAUACAGAAUAAACUAAGGAAUUCAAACUCGUUACUCUCACUAAACUCCACAACUUCUUCGCCCAUGAACAAAAAUGACCAUGACGAAUCGCUUUUGAGACAAAUUUUACAAAAUUGUGAUAUCAAAAAGAUUUUAAAUCCUGCAAAGGGAGAUAUAUUGCCUUUGAUUAACGAUGCAAGUCAUUUGUCGUCGAUCCAAUUAACUUCACAUAUUUGGCAAAUUGGCGAGGUGAUCUGUAAGAAAAUCGCAUUAGGCUCUAUUAAUGAUAUUACGUGGGAUACGAAAUUCUUGUCUUUACAAGAAUUGGAAAAAUACAGAAUUAUGAAGCAAAAAUUUGGCGGAAUUCCUCAAUUGUUAAAGAGUUUUGUUGUUAAAGAGGCAAAUAAUACACUGUGUUUAUAUUUACUGUUCAAAGAUCAUGGUACGCCAAUUUCGUUGAUUUCGUUGAAAAACUGGAAGCAGAUUUUAAAGAUUUUUUGGUCCUGCGUUGGUAUAAUCAAUAACUUGGAAACAAAUCUGAAAUUUGAGCAUCGAAAUUUAACGUUAGAUAAUAUUUUAAUGGAUGGUAAUGGAAACAUAACUAUUAUUGAUUUUAAAUGUAGUAGAUUGCAAACCCCUCAGGAAGACGUCUUAUGCUUACGGUUGGACCAUCCACUCUUUUUCCCGAAUGGGAAAGACAAGAACAAAAUAAAUGAAUACCAAUACCAGUUUGAGUUUGAAAUUUACCAAAGCAUGCGAAUCUUAUUGAACAUGGAUUCGAAAGUCUUUGAACCAAUGACGAAUUUAUAUUGGUUAUAUUACUUGUCACGAAUUCUAUUAAGAUUGGGUGACAGAAAACUUGGUAAAAAUGAUUCAAACAGGGACAAAUUGGCUAAAGUGGUAAGUCAUUUGGAAAUGAACUUAGCGGUUCAUAAGAGGGGAGGACAGAUAUUCAAGAGAUUAGAGGCAACGGACAUUAAAAACACAGGAGACUUGUUGAAACUAUACAAAUAA